AUGGCAAGAAAUGCGGAAAAAGCUAUGACUGCUUUGGCACGUUGGCGACGUUUGAAGGAAGAAGAGGAGAAGGGACCAAUCGCUAAGAGACCGCAUGAUACAAGCCUCUGUAACAAUCUUACAGAUGCUGAGAGGUUUCGCCGAGAGUCAUUUUUUCUAUUUCUGGUUGCGAAGGAGAUUGCGAAGAAAAUUGCACUUAUUCAAAACCCCGGUCUAGGCGAGUUCAAAAUUCGCGACUUGAAUGACGAGAUCAACAAAAUGAUAAGAAUCAAAUAUGCUUGGGAAAUGCGCAUAAAGGAUCUUGGAGGAAUGGACUAUAGGAAAAUGUCUGCUCGUGAACUUGACAAAGAAGGUCGGGAAGUGGCCUCUAACAAAGGAUAUAAAUAUUUCGGUGCGGCCAAGGACUUACCUGGUGUUCGAGAAUUGUUCGAGGAGUCCAAAGAACUAGAGCAAAUGCGAAAAACACGAGCAGAGUUGAUGAGGAAUGUUGAUGCAGAUUAUUAUGGAUAUUUGGAUGACGACGAUGGAUUGUUAAUCCCUUUGGAGCAAGAGGAAGAAAAGAAAGCGAUUGAACAAGCUAAAGAAUAUUUUGCUAAGCAUGGGGCGGAGCGGUAUCAGAAGGAAUUUGGAGACGAUUUGGAUGAAGAUAUUUACAAAAUUCAAGAUGAUUCGGAUGAUGACGAUAUUGACACAAAAGAGUCCAUCGUUGUAGGCGAGGAUGGAAAACAAAUGACAAUAAAACACGUUCUGGUACCAAGUCAAGCUGAUAUUGAAGAAAUGAUUAUGGAAAGGAAGAAGCAAGAACUGAUAGAGAAGUAUCUCAGUUGA